AUGGAGUUUGUCAGUCCGCCCGCCCACCGUCCGGGGGGAGAAAGAAAGUGCUGCUUUGUGAAUGAAGGGAGCGGCGCAGGGAACAGUUUUCACCUCACAAAUGUUCUGCUGAGGCUGCGGUCGCGUCCACGCUCAAGUCAGUGCAUCCGGGCCGAGCGGCAGAAGCGGCCAGAGCGCGCGGAGCUGAACAGGAUGGAGGUAACCCUUGUCUUGGGGGCCUUCCUCUGCCUCCUGGGGGCCGUCACUGGGGACCCGUGCCUCAUCAUUAGUGAGAUCAACGCAGACAAUCCCAGACUCGAUACAACUGAGUUUGUGGAACUGUACCACACCAGCGGACAGAGGGCUUCUUUAGACGGAUACUCGCUGGUUUUUUACAACGGAAAUGGGAAUAUCGCCUACAAAGUGCUGGACCUGAAGGGCUACAGCACAGACGACAGAGGCUUCUUCCUGGUCGGCUCUGUGGACAUGCUGCCUAAACCCGCCAUCCUGCUUCCUCCCAACACGGUGCAGAACGGCCCGGACGCCAUCGCGAUCUACCACUCCAGCGCGGCUCGAUACAGCGAGAAGAUGAACGUGACGUCAGUGGGGCUGGUGGACGCGGUGGUCUACAUGAGCAGGAGGUCCGGAGGGGCGGAGUACCUGGCUGAAACACUGACCCCUGGAGAACCGGCUUUUGUAGAAGACGACACCGCCCACGACGGGGAUGAGUCUAUCGAGAGGUGUCUGAUGUCGGAGGAUCGCUGGGGAUUUCAGAUCUCUCUCCCGUCUCCAGGGCAGAGGAAUAACUGUACCCCUCCCAUGUCUCCUUCCACCAAACCUCUUAUCAAUGAACUGAGGCUGGGCGGUGGGCAGGUGGAGGGCUUUGUGGAGAUGACCGCCGCCCCAAGAGCUGGGCCUUUGGUGCUGGUGGUGUUGGAUGGGAGGACCGACCGAGUGAGCCUGAGUAUGUCUCUGGACAUGCACAACACAAAUGGACUGGUCUCCUUCACAAUAGACAAGAAGUACAUGAAAGGAGACCAGUCUGGAGCUGUGGCAGUGUACAGCGGCGCGGUCCUGGACUUCCCAGUGGGCAGUGCGCUGAGUCAGAUACAGCCACUGGACGCAUUUGUUUUUGCCGGACCUGGAAACAGGCCAAGCUCCAACCUCACAGAGACGCUGGUGCCGGGCAGACAGCCUUAUCAACUCAGCAACAGCCUGCGAGAAAGCGGCUUCCACAUCAGUCGCUGUGGAGUUGCGACCUGGGCCCGAGAUCCUGGUGUUUUUUGGGAAGCUCCUCAAACACCUGGGCAGCUGAACCAGUGUCCCUGGCCGAAGAUCUGUCCACAUAGCUUAGUGAACCCCAGUGGCACCGACGCGGCCCCACACCUGCCGCCGUGGGGCAACAGUGACUUCCUCAUUAACGAGCUGAACACCGACACACCUGGUGCAGCAGAGGACGGCGAGUACAUCGAGCUGUGGCACCCUUCCUCCCGCCGCGUGUCCCUGCAGGGCAUCUGGAUACUUCUGUUCAGUGAUAACAUCAGCAAACCCUACAGAGAGAUCAGCCUGAGUGGACACUUCACCACCUCCAAAGGAUACUUCCUGUUGGGCAGUGACCGACUGGUGCCGGCUCCAUCGCUGCGUCUUCCUCCAAACACCAUCCAGAACGGACCAGACGCCGUGGCCCUGUAUCGCAGCCCCUUCGGGCCCCCGUCCGCAGCUCAAAGGGGCAUUCCCACCAAAGGCCUGCUGGAUGCUGUGGUGUACAGACAGAGAGGCUCCGACAUGGGGACUCGAGACCUGAGCAAAGCCCUGACUCCAGGACAGCUCCCUCUACUGGAGGACCCUGAGGUACUACAAGGAGAUGAGGCCCUCAGCCGCUGCCGGGGCCUCUACCCCUUUGACCUGUCUGCCUUUUCUGUGGCUCCUCCCACUCCGCUCCGUGAGAAUAGUUGCCCUCGCCCCCCUCCCCCUCCUGAGGGCGUGGUCAUCAGUGAGGUGUCCAGUAGACACUGGACCAACCACAGCCAGCAGAGAGGAUUUGUGGAGUUUAUGGGACCUCCGAUGACAUCUCUUUUGGGCCUGGUGCUGUCCGUCUUUGACCAGGAGCACAGUGGGACUGUCAUGGCUCUUCCUCUGACCGGUUUUAUUGAUCAAGAUGGAUUUUAUAUUGUUGGAAAUGUAACCGGAGCAGAUCAGACCUUUCCAGAGAGCUCCUCUGUUCCCAGUCGUGGAGCAGUGGUUCUGUGCUAUGACCUGUUCAGUGUGUGCAGAGCUGGCACCGCGCUCACCAACUCCAGCCUCAGAGAUGCGCUGGUGUUCAGUGAGAGGAAGGAGCUGCUGUCCUUUGUUUCAGCCACCAGAGGGAGACAUGUUACUCCAGCUCUGCGGUCUGUAGAAGAUGGCCCAGUUUCCUUGAGCCGCUGCUCCUGCUGUGACGUGAGGAGCUCUUCCUCCUGGACCAGUUCCUCCCCCACCCCCCACCAGAACAACCUCUGCCCCAGCUCCAGCUUCUCCAGCCACAUCGACAUCUGCCUGAGCCCCACGGCCACAGACGGCCACGGCUACUCUGGGGACUGCAGCAACCUUCUCCAGGGAAAGAGAAUUGCUGAAGUGGCAGAUUACCUUGAGCAAAAGUGCCACUGUGGAAUAUCUGCUUUAUAUCUUCAAGGGGCAAACUUCUCGUGUGUGUCUGGCUGGCUGCGUGUGUGGGGGAACAUCCAGGCUCUGUCUGACCACCAGAAGGCACUCAUCAUCCAGACGUCACACCUGAACACCUCACGCUCACGGGGGGACGCCUGCUCCGCUCCCACCACCGACCGCUUCACCGGCACAGCGUCCGCUCUGGGGCUGCAGAUCGGCCUGGUUAUUGUGGUUUUCCUCCUUCUUGGACUCGGAGUGGCUCUCUUUACAUAUUUCUAUAAGAAACGACGUCCGCUGGAUUACUACACAAUGGAGCUAAAUGAACACGCAGAGGGUCUGUCAGACUUAUAA